GACUGCCAGCACCAUCGUACUACAGUGCAGCAGCAUCAUACAGCAUAUACAACACCCUAUACUCCAUUCUUGCUCCCGAAGCACACGACCUCGCGCCCACCAUGUCAGCCGAAAAUCCUGAAGAGCCCCUCUUCGACCCUUCGCUCAAGAAGAAGAAGAAGUCGAAGAAGACAGUCGACUUCUCUGGCCUCGACGAUGAGGAGACCAUCCCUGCCACAAAUGGGGAUGCUGAAGCAGCAGCAGCCGAUGUCGCGGCAGGAGAGGCUGAGGCAGCUCCCGAGGCAGCAGGCGAGGAAGACAUGUUCGGCGGGCUAAAGAAGAAGAAGAAGUCCAAGAAGGCCAUCCCGAUGGAUCUUGACUUGGAGGAGGCAUCAGCAUCCACAGCAGCCGCCAAUGCUGAGCCAGCAUCAGAGGCUGGAGCCGCCGCCGCUGAGAACACAGAAGACGGGGACCUCGACUUCGGAGAGAUGAAGAAGAAAAAGAAGAAGUCGAAGAAGGCAGCUUUCGAUAUGGAGGCAUUCGAGAAGGAGCUCGGAGAGGGCGAGGGAGAGGGAAGUGGAGCAGCUGCGACUGGUGGUGAGGGUGACGAUGAUGCGGAUUUGGGAGACGACCCUUUCAAGGCCGACGAUGGAGACGACCAGGCUGGAGGUAGCAGUGAGCAAGUCGAGACUUGGCAUGGCACGGACAGAGAUUACACAUAUCAGGAGCUCCUCGGACGCUUCUUUGGCACCCUGAGAGCUCAAAAUCCCGCCCUGUCUGGUGACAAGAAGAAGUACACCAUUGUCCCUCCCCAGGUGGCGCGAGAUGGAUCGAAGAAAACCUCGUUCGCCAACGUCAUCGACAUCUGCAAGAGGAUGCACAGACAGCCAGACCACGUCAUUCAAUAUCUCUUUGCCGAGCUGGGUACAGUCGGCUCAGUCGACGGUAGUCAAAGGCUAAUCAUCAAGGGUCGAUUCCAGCCUAAGCAGAUCGAGAAUGUGCUGAGGAGGUACAUUGUGGAGUACGUGACGUGCAAGACCUGCAAGUCGCCCAACACACUACUGCUCAAGGAGAACCGUAUCUACUUUAUGAAGUGCUCGUCUUGCGGAUCGCAGAGGUCAGUGUCGGCCAUCAAGACUGGUUUCCAGGCACAGACGGGCAAGAGGUCGAAGAUGAGGACAGCUUAGAGGACUUGAUGAGAGAGCUGCUAGCGACGGG